AUGAAGCAGCAACCAGAGGCAGUAGAGGCCAUAUUACGCAACACCUUCGUAGACGAUUGGCUCCAAAGUUGCGACUCCGAAGACGAAAUGGUCCGCUUAGCGCUGGAGGUGCGAAAAAUACACAAGGAAGGAGGCUUCGAGAUGAGAGGUUGGAUAUCUAACUCAAAUACCGUAAUGAGAGCGCUCUCGGGAGAGGGAGACCAUCAAGAACGCGCCAUAGAGAUGACGGAUUCGACAAGACGGGAACGCGUGCUUGGGAUGUGGUGGGAUCCAAGAACUGACUACUUCACCUUCAUCAAUAAGUUCCAGGAUGACAUAUACGACGAAAAGAAAACGGCAAAGAUUAUACUGCAGGAUGUGUGGAGGUCUGCCGUAGGCUGGGACGAAACAGUCGGAGAGAACGAACGCCAACGCUGGUCGUUAUGGGCACGGCAACUUCAAAACAUCGAAGAAUUAAAGGUUCCACGCUAUCUUGAUUAUUUUCAUCGGAAGUUUCAGCAUCAACUUACGGAGAUCGUGGUCAACGAGAUGCGACAGUUAUAUCACAUAUCAGGACUGAGGGCAAGAGCUCGCGCCAUAGCGAAAACUUGCCAAAAAUGUCGCAACAAAAGGACGCUUCCAGAGGCGCCGUAG